AUGUCGCCACAGACAGACGAUGUCGUCCCCCAGUCGCCCUCGGGUCCCGGCUUGCCUCCCAAUCCUUUCCUCGAGGAGUCAACACCCCCCAGGAAGACCUCGCGCGUCCUCAUAGACCUCUCUUCGCCCCCGAAAUCUUCAAGCCGAACUCCACGCAAAGAGGCGCGUUCGGAAAUGGCCCGCCCACGGCAGCACGUCACACAAAGGAGCGAGGAUGAGAAGCGAUUAAUUGGGGAUUAUUCACCUGCAGAUGCUAUUAGUAUGCCCGACCCAUCCACUUGGAUGGCGAUACCGAAGAAGCGCACCAUGCCUACAAAACCAGGGUCGAGUAAUGUCUUCAAGCCCGUAGACACGAUGCAAGGAGGAUCCAAGAAGCCUACUACGUACGGGAAGCGCGAUCGUACACAGCCGCCACUGAUAGGCCAGGCGCAUGGGCCGGGCCAGGCUGCCUACCUUCAGCGAACAGACAGAGCACCUGCAACAACGGCUCGUCGUCCUUCUUCUUCAGAGAGCCAGGAUCGAUGGUCGAGUGGAGCUACACCUGGAAAACGAAGGAGGACUGCCAACGUUAUUUCACUUGUCGAUGACGACGAUGAAGUGGUGGAAGUAUCUCAAAACCACCAAAAUACACCUGUUGGCACGUCACGCGAAAGGCCGCGUUCUGCCUGGUCUCUGCAUUCACAGAUAAGCAACGGGAGCGAGAGCACAGUAGGCGACUACAAGCCGCCUCAGGCUACAAGCGAAUUUAGAGAAGUGGACAAUCUUCUCAGACCGUCCCAGAAGAAGCCGAGGAACUCGAGUUUCAACACAGCCAAAGGUGGCGCGCGACGCUCUCCUCUUACCAGUGUUUCUCUAUCGACCAGCCCUGGCGUACACACUCCUCGGCAGGCGAUAUUGCAGACGUUUCGACAGGGUGAAUCCAAGCGAAGUCCUAGGAAGUACGACGGAGCCGAAAGAAAAGUCGACAUAGUCACGUCUCGCUACUUUCCCGAAGCCCGCAUCAAUGAGUCAACAUCUGAUCACGCAGACCAGAACCAACGUGUAACAGUUGAAGACGAGGACCUUCGCACCCAACACAAACCUGUGCCAAAGCAAGCGGGACCUAUGACUGACAACUACAGCGCGGACGAGCUUGCCAUCACGCCUCCGCACCAGGGAACCAGACUUGUUUCGAAGCAAAAGCAAAAGCAAAAGCAGACUGCAAAUAGUGGAGUCAAGCGAAACGCUCGCGGAAGGGUUGUAGAAGAACUAUGGCCACUUUCGUUUGCACGGUCGUAUGGGUUUCAGAGCCACGGAUCAACAACCAUGGACGGCCAUGCCAUCUUGCUCUUAAGAUGGAGGAAAGAUGAGGGGUUACGUCUCCAGACUUGGGAGUCAGUGGAUGGCGUCUACGAUAGCAAACUUGUCAUAGAGCCUAAAGACGUCAACCAAGUAUAUGCGGACGGUACAAGCCGCAUGCGGUUGACGGGCCCUCGCGGACACGACGGGAACAAACUCAUCUUGGACCUGGAGUUUGCUGAUACUGCCGAUUUCCUCGUCUUCCGUGAUGAACACGCAGUAUUGAUGACGUCGGGCGGAAAGUGUAUCAAUAAGUCGGAUGAUUACAUGGCCCAUCUUUUCAAAACACCUCUCCCAUCGAGAAACGAGAAGGUUGGUACGUCUGCACUGGUAGGCGAUUCAACAGCGAGCUUAGAACAGCCUCACCGCGAAAAAGCUAAUGGAGCGUCGAAGAGACCUCUGUUGGAUCAGCUCAAGCCCGCUGUCCGUCAGCAUGUUAUUGAUGCUGAAUCUGGCACUACCGCGACAAGCAGAGCAUCGACCCGUCCGUCACGUUCAACAAGAUCGGCUCCGAUUAAUUACGUCGAAGACACGCCUACACAGUCGGAUGUACCCAAAUUCUCAGUUGAAACUGGACUUGGGCAACCCUGGGCUAAGUCUCUUGAAUUUGGCGAAGGUCGUCAACGGGCGAUAGUGCACUUUGAUGAUCUGCCCCGCCUGGACGAGGAAGAAUUCUUGAACGACAGCCUGAUCGACUUCUACAUGAUCUACCUCUUCAAGCAGCUCAAAGUGCCUGCUGAUAAAGUCUACUUCUUCAACACCUACUUCUUCACGAAGCUUACCGAGAACUCGGGUCGGAAAUCCAUGGACUACAAGGCUGUGCAACGCUGGACGUCUAAGAUUGAUAUCUUCAGCUACGACUACAUUGUUGUUCCCAUCAACGAACAAGCCCAUUGGUACCUGGCGAUUAUCUGCAACAUGUCGAAGGUUCAACGCAAACCGAUAGUUCAAGACUUCGAUGAGCCCAAGGCAAUUCCACACGAUCAAGCAAGUGAUUCAGCCGUAACAGCCACGAACCCCGAGACGCAUGCGACUAUGGUACAAAAGUCAACCUCCCCAGAGCCAACUGCCAUCAGUGAAGAAGCAAUAGCGGCCCAAACGAACGAGGAAGAGCCGAUGCUUUUUGAUGAGGCGGCACUUUCUCUUGUCGACCGCGACGAUACUGGGACCGAAACCCCACAUAAAUCAGAGACGACUCAAGCAGAUUCAACAUCCCAGAAUCCAGAUACAGAAGCUUUAGCUGAAGCCAGGAACACACACCCAGGAACAUUGUCCCAAUCCCAGUCCACCGCGUCUUCUGCAAAAAGGAAGGCAAAACGCAAGCCCAUAGCCAAAAGAGAUCCCGAUCAGCCUGUCAUCAUAGUACUCGAUUCUCUUGGUGGUAAUGCCCGUACUGGAGCGGUUCGCGCUCUCAAAGACUGGAUAGCAGCGGAGGGGGCAAGCAGGCGUGGUAUGGAGGCUGUCAUCAAAGAGAACGGCUAUUACCCCAAGAGUACACAGGUUCCAAUGCAGAACAACUUCACCGAUUGUGGUGUUUACCUACUUGGCUACAUCGAGAAGUUCUUCCAGAAUCCCGAUGACUUCAAGAACAAGCUGCUCACUGGAUCAAUGUCAGCUCAAGAAGACUGGCCGGAGCUGCAUCCAUCCGAAAUGAGGCACAAAAUGCGUCAAGUCAUAUUUGAUUGCUAUAAGAAGCAGGAAGACGAUAGGAGAGCCCAGAAGAAGGCGAAGAAAGGAUCUGCGAGCUCAAAGACAUCACCAGCUCCGACAACGUACAAAGCCUCAGAUCUGGGCAGACACAACUCUGAUGAGUUACCCAGUGAAGAACCGAAGCUCGCACUCUCGCCCAAGAACGCAGGCGCGCAGCCCACAUCGCCACGAACCCAUUCACCUUCUCAUCCUCCACUCAGACUCGCAUCGCCGUUCAGUUUCGAUGCGAAGCAUACUUCUGCUGUUGAGGAAGCACCUCAAAUAGCUGUCAGCAAGGUGUCUGACUCACCACCUGUGCUCACAUUUCCUGCAAAGCAGGCCGUUGGUAGUCCACGGUCAGAAACGACACCAAGGCGCCAUAGUCCCGAAGUGCGCAUUUCCAGCAGAACGCCCCAAUCACAUGAUUCUUUGCUCAACGGACACAUCACUUCGAACAGAACACCACGUCAAUCCAAAGAAAACGAUCAAACAUCUCAAAUACCCGGUACAUCAAGCCCCAAGAAGCGCCGAAGACACGGUGACGAUAAUGAUGACAUGAAAUCGCCAUCAGCGAAGCGCCAGCUCAUCAAGUCGCCCCAACGACAUCAAGAUGGCGAUAUGGAAACUAAGCAAAGAGCUUCGCGCAGCCGAGAAGGCAGUGUCCCCGACGCACCUAUUGAGAUCAAGGACUCACAGGAAGUCAAAGACAUCAACGUCAACCAUCGCCAGCAGGUGCAGGCAGCUCCCACUGCUCAGCGGAAACCCGCAUCACGUUAUGCACAUUCCAGCGAAGGGCUCCGUCCUUCACCUACGUUUGAAGAGAUUCCGCGUUUGUCGUACAGCACAAAGACGUCUAAACAUGGUCAACACGAAGGUACUCCGGUUGAUAGUGCGCUCCAGACAAAGCUGGACGAAGACGACUAUGCUAGGGACAAGGCCCGGCGUUCAGAAGCACCUGCUCCCAGCAACAUGAAUGGAGCGCUGGAGCGUAGAGAGGAGGCAUGUGAUCCAAUGGAAGGGAUCUCACAGUCCACUCACGAUCUGCAACUUGAUGGAGUCAACGACGGAUCCGUGGUUCAAGAAACACCAGAACCCGAUGAGAGGAGCAAAACCGUCCAAACUGGAUGGUCGAGGGACCACCCUACCCUUCUUUAA